UGAGACAACAAGAAUAGGCCUAUAAGUGGGAGGAACACAGGAAGACCUCGCAAUGGAGGGAGAUAAUCGCGAGGCGGCAAAGUAUAGCAUUAACUCGGACGACGAGGUGCCAUUGUCCACCACCAUGUCGAUGCCCCCUCCCAACCAGGAGCCCGCCCCAGAGGUCAGGAGGACCACCUACACCAGGGACCCAAAGAAGGUCGACACAGUCGACAGGGAUCCCACGAAAAUGAACGAUCAUGUCAGGAUCAUGUUCGAAGACGUGAUAGCAGAGCCAGAAGGAUCCCACAGCUUCCGGUCCGUCUGGUUGGUGAGUUUCACCAUCUUCACCGAGUCUAAGGUGUGGUGCUACCGGAUUCUCUCCGCUGUAUGCGCCGUACCCUGCGCCCUUUACUGGGGGUGCGUCUUCGCCUGUUUCACCUUCACACAGGUCUGGUACCUCGUCCCCUGCCUCAAGAACAUCACCAUGGUGCUGGACUGCUUUGGACGGUUCUGGCGGCUGCUGAUAUCAACAUGUUUGAAUCCGUGUUUUGACAGUUUUUCGAGGAUUUUCGGUGGAUUUAAAGUUGAACUCAAACAUCCGUCGAAUACAGUGUAAGUUGGAAAGUAAGGGUGGUGGCAGUAAACAGCUGAGAAGAGUAUCAUGGGCAUAAACAGAUGUAUCUUGUAAAAUCAACAUUCGAAUGAUUGAUUGAUUGAUUGCUCUUAUGGAGUAUAUGAUCAAGCCUGAGGGGCAAAAGUACUGGAGAUAUGUGGGGACUGAUGAAUAAGAGUAUCCAGUCAUUCAAGGGAGAUUACUUUUUUGCUGCUGACGAGUGAACUGGGCCUUUAGCGCAUGAUCGCUGAUACAGACCGUGUCUGGUUUCUGUUAAAUUCUAGUAAUAGAUAAACUGUUAGCAAGACUGAUUCAGUUACUUUGUAAAUCUGAUCUAAGACAUCUGUAAAUUAUUAGCGAUUGUAUACUCGGUGUAAUACAUUACUUAACUUA